AGGCAUACAAUUUUAAUUCAUUUCAUACUUUUGUGCAAUAUUUACAAUUAUAAGUAAUUAAAUAAAAAUAUAGUAAUUAGAUAGUAAUAAUUAUAAUGUCAAAACCAACAAUAACACGUUGGGCUUUUGAUUUGUCAACAUGGAAACCAACAAUAGCACAAAUGAAACAAGCUGUUGCGGCGCUGCAAGUGGAGGAACGCGCACGCAUUGAGAAAUUUUGUUUCAUUGAUGAUUUCCUUUCAUCGCUGGUUGGCAGACUAUUAAUGCGGAAAUAUGUAAGCGCCAGUAGUGGCUUAAACUAUCAUGAAGUGCAAUUCGCACGUGAUAUACAUGGAAAACCAUAUUGGCUUUUGGAUAAUGUACCAAAUGAAGAAAAAGUGAAAUUGCCACGCCUUAGUUUUAAUGUGUCACAUCAAGGAAAAUUUGUGGUGCUUGCAGGCAUUACGGCAUUGCCUCCCACGGAUAAUAAUAACGUGACAGUUCCAAAUUUUGGAAUAGGUGUCGAUGUUAUGGAAAUUGAGUAUAGUGGCGGUAAGCCUUUGCAGGAGUUCUUUCGUCUUAUGCAGAAAAAAUUUUCAAAGAAUGAAUGGACUUAUAUAAGGCGACCAGAGCAUAGUGCGGAAGCUCAAUUGAAAGCAUUCAUGAGGCAUUGGUGUCUAAAGGAAGCAUUUGUCAAAGAACUGGGAGUUGGUAUAACGAUAGAUUUGCAACAAAUCAGCUUUAGUGUCGAUCAAAAUACAGGGUUAGAUGUGGAUACCCAACCACUGACGAAUAUUCAAUUAUCUUGUGAUGAUUAUGCUGAAGAUGAUUGGCAUUUUGAGGAACAUUUGUUGGCUCCUAAAUAUUGUGCUGCCAUUGCGUUUAAAAAUUGUAAACCUAAAGCAGAGAAAUUUGUUUAUUUGAAUAUAGAAGACUUACUUGUUCCAAGUGACAAAGUUGAGUGUUUGGAAAUAUUAAAUUAUUGCGAAAAUGCUUUGCUGAAACCAAAAAAACCAAGAUGACCUUGUAGAGAAAAGGAUUAGUUUUAAAAUUAAUGCUUCGAAUAACUUUAUUAUAAUAGUAUAAUGAAAGAAAUUAUUAUAUUAAUUAUGUGCUCUGCCAUCUCUAUCUAAAUCUAAGCUAGUUUUAAUGAUAAUUUACCCACCCAUUUCUUAUAAAAAUCCUACCGCUUUUCACCUACUCCCAAUCUAAUCCAUAUAUUAACUCAUGCAUUUGUAUUAUUUCCAUGUCUUGUGGUGUAUAGAUCUCCCACAACCUUGAGAUUAUUUUUUUUUCCGUAUUACACUAUACACCACGAAACUGAUGACAAAUCAUAACACAAAUAGUUAUUAAAUUUACCUACCCUACUCUCAAUUUUUACCCAAUCCAUCCCGCUUCUUUUCACAUAUUCUCUACCUAUUCUAUAUCCUAGUCCAUGCAUUCGUAAGUUAUAAUUUUUUCCAUGUCUUAUGUUAUUAAGAUCCCUUGAGGCUUUAAUAACAACUUGAUACUAUAUUUAUUUUUUGCCAUACUACACUAUACACUACGAAAGCGAUUUUCACAUAUAUCAUAUCAUAAUUAGUUUGCAAAAAAGCAACAUCUAUAAACUCUUUUUAAAAAAAGUCAAGUACGGCUUUGGGUCAGUUGGUUGAGGAGCGCUGACUCAGCUUCAAACUUGGCAGGGCACGAGUUCGAUUCCUGGUGCUUGCAAUCUCCAAAAAUUAUUUACGAAUAAUUAAAUACAAGACCU